AUGUGGGGGAAAGAGACGGGUCUCUUUCUAUGUACAACCCGCUCUACGUACAACCCGCUCUACGUACAACCCGCUCUACGUACAACCCGCUCUACGUACAACCCGCUCUACGAACAACCCGCUCUACGAACAACCCGCUCUACAUACAACCCGCUCUACGAACAACCCGCUCUACGUACAACCCGCUCUACGAACAACCCGCUCUACGAACAACCCGCUCUACGUACAACCCACUCUACGAACAACCCGCUCUACGUACAACCCGCUCUACGUACAACCCACUCUACGUACAACCCGCUCUACGUACAACCCACUCUACGAACAACCCGCUCUACGUACAACCCGCUCUACGAACAACCCACUCUACGAACAACCCGCUCUACGUACAACCCACUCUACGAACAACCCGCUCUACGUACAACCCGCUCUACGAACAACCCGCUCUACGAACAACCCGCUCUACGAACAACCCGCUCUACGAACAACCCGCUCUACGAACAACCCGCUCUACGUACAACCCGCUCUACGAACAACCCGCUCUACGAACAACCCGCUCUACGAACAACCCGCUCUACGAACAACCCGCUCUACGAACAACCCGCUCUACGUACAACCCACUCUACGAACAACCCGCUCUACGUACAACCCGCUCUACGAACAACCCGCUCUACGAACAACCCGCUCUACGAACAACCCGCUCUACGUACAACCCACUCUACGUACAACCCGCUCUACGUACAACCCACUCUACGAACAACCCGCUCUACGUACAACCCGCUCUACGAACAACCCGCUCUACGAACAACCCGCUCUACGAACAACCCGCUCUACGUACAACCCACUGUACGUACAACCCGCUCUACGUACAACCCGCUCUACGAACAACCCGCUCUACGUACAACCCGCUCUACGUACAACCCGCUCUACGUACAACCCGCUCUACGUACAACCCGCUCUACGUACAACCCGCUCCACGAACAACCCGCUCUACGUACAACCCGCUCUAUGUACAACCCGCUCUACGUACAACCCGCUCUACGAACAACCCGCUCUACGUACAACCCGCUCUACGAACAACCCGCUCUACGUACAACCCGCUCUACGUACAACCCGCUCUACGUACAACCCGCUCUACGAACAACCCGCUCUACGUACAACCCGCUCUACGUACAACCCACUCUACGUACAACCCACUCUACGUACAACCCGCUCUACGUACAACCCACUCUACGUACAACCCGCUCUACGUACAACCCGCUCUACGUACAACCCGCUCUACGUACAACCCACUCUACGUACAACCCACUCUACGUACAACCCGCUCUACGUACAACCCGCUGUACGUACAACCCGCUCUACGUACAACCCGCUCUACGUACAACCCGCUCUACGAACAACCCGCUCUACGUACAACCCACUCUACGAACAACCCGCUCUACGAACAACCCGCUCUACGAACAACCCGCUCUACGAACAACCCGCUCUACGAACAACCCGCUCUACGAACAACCCGCUCUACGAACAACCCGCUCUACGUACAACCCGCUCUACGUACAACCCACUCUACGAACAACCCGCUCUACGAACAACCCGCUCUACGUACAACCCACUCUACGAACAACCCGCUCUACGAACAACCCGCUCUACGAACAACCCGCUCUACGAACAACCCGCUCUACGAACAACCCGCUCUACGAACAACCCGCUCUACGAACAACCCGCUCUACGUACAACCCACUCUACGAACAACCCGCUCUACGUACAACCCACUGUACGUGCCCAGAGAACUACAACCUACUCAAAACACACAGAAAGAAAAACAAAAUUCAAAGUUAUAAGAAAAUUCUGCUCGGUGUUUUCAAUAAUUUCAAGAGAUCGGCACUUGUUUAG